AUGUCAAUCUUAUCAAAGCUUCGAUGUAUCACCAUUGACGUCACUGGUACCCUAAUAGCAUACAAAGGCGAACUUGGUGAUUACUAUUGCAUGGCUGCUAAGUCUGUUGGGCUUCCUUGUCCAGACUACAAGCGCAUGCAUGAAGGCUUCAAGAAUGCUUAUUCAGAAAUGGCAAAACAGUACCCUUGUUUCGGACAUGCAGCAAAAAUGCCAAAUAUUGUCUGGUGGCGGACAUGUGUGAAGGAUUCGUUCAUCAAGGUAAUUGAAGUUUGUCUUAUUCAUCCUAAAAUAUAUAUGUAUUUCUAAUUCAGCACUGUACAUCACGAGGAGCGAAAUGGGCUAAUUUGGGAUACUAUUUUUGGCAGACUUUUUUGGAUAAACUAAUCUGAAAACUUCCACGUCGUUCAGUUUUUUAUUUGCUUUAUGAUUGAUUAAACAUUCUAGAAUUACUUUACCUGGUCUAUUUACUAGUUCCCAAGAUUUUUCUAAAAGACCCCUCUUAUGGUAAAGUUUUGGCAAAGAUGGCAGUAAGUUAUCUAAUUGUUGUUUACCUGCCUCAUUAAUAACAAUCAUGUGAGAUUACGGAUUGUAUGCAGGCUGGUUAUGAUUAUGAUGAUGAAACAUUUGAGAAGGUAUUUAAGCGUAUCUAUGCCUCUUUUGGUUCCUCUGCGCCCUACUCUGUAUUUCCAGAUUCGCAACCAUUUCUUAGAUGGGCACGUCAGAACAAUUUGAUUGUUGGGAUUGUAAGCAAUGCAGAGUACCGGUACCAAGACGUUAUCCUCCCUGCCUUGGGAUUGAAUAAGGUACCAGAACUGUACCUUUGCAUCCCUUUCUCAUCAUCUAUCUUCUUACCAGAUACAAUAUCAUUUGAUUUGGCAUUUCUCUUAUAUCAUCAUUGAUGUAAAAUUCUUGACAUUUUCGUAAGUUUCAUGAAUCCAAGGAGUCAAGGUAUGUGAUCCGUGGACCCUUUUUUUUUCUGUCUAAAUGUUAAUGGCGGUGGCAGGGAUCUGAAUGGGACUUUGGUGUCUUCUCUGGGAUUGAGGGCAUAGAAAAACCAGACCCUCGGAUUUAUGAGAUUGCAUUAGAGAGGGCAGGAAACGUGGCACCAGAAGAAGCAUUGCAUAUUGGUGAUAGCAUGCGCAAAGAUUACAUGCCAGCCAGAAGUAUCGGAAUGCAGGCCCUGCUCUUAGACAGAUUUAAGACGGCUGAUGCAGAGAACUGGAGGAAGGCCGGCGCCCCGGUCCUUCCCGACCUUGUAGCUGCUCGAGCUUGGCUUACCAAGGAAGAGAAGGUUGCUGCAGGGCAGUAA